AAGUACGAAAAAGAUAUUACUCCAAUUGGGAUAAGACUCAGUCUCUCUCACUGAAAAAGAUAGUACUUCACAUAAACUUUUAUGCUCAUUAAUUUUGUACCGUGUAUCUUUCUUUCACUCACCACCAUAGCUUUCAUGUAACAAUGACAUCUUCAUUUUCAUCUGCGUCUUCAUCUUCAUCUUCAAAACCGUGGAUUUAUGACGUGUUUUUGAGUAUUAGAGGCGAGGACACGCGCAAAAAUUUCACCGAUCAUCUCUACUUCACCUUAAAAGAUGCUGGAAUCAACACAUUUAGAGACGACAAUGAGCUCCGAAGGGGUGAAGAUAUUUCGACGGAGCUAUUACAAGCGAUCCAAAAGUCUAGGAUUUCAGUCAUUGUGUUAUCAAGAAAUUAUGCAAAUUCAAGAUGGUGUCUUGAGGAACUGGUGAAGAUCAUGGAGUGUAGGAGAAGUUGUAGGCAACUUGUUUUUCCUAUAUUCUAUGAUGUUGAUCCAUCUGAUGUAAGGAAACAAACUGGGAGUUUUGCAGAGGCCUUUGCUAGACAUGAAGAAAGGUUUGUGCUCCAGAAGGACAAGGGCAAGGUGGCUACAUGGAGGAUGGCUUUGACUGAAGCUGCCAAUUUGUCUGGAUGGGAUUUGAGGAAUGUUGCAGAUGGGUAAGCACUUGACUAAGUUAUUUAAAUUAAUCCGUAGGAUUGAUAGAUACAACUAGACAGUGAUCAGUGUUCAAGCAGAAAUCAACUUGGACAGUGAGAGAGUUCAAUUAUUGUAUUUAUACAACUUCAUCAAAAAUC